AUGGCUACUUUCAAAAAACUCGUGCGCUUCGCCGCUGGUGCCGAAUCUCACUACGGAGACUUGCUCGGGGCAAGUGGAAACAACUACACCGUUCGCAAAUUGAAAGGAAGUCCAUUCACAAAUUUGGAGACCACAGAAGAAAUCCAUGAGACACAGACACUCUUAUGUCCGAUCGAAAGCACACCACUCGUGAUCUGCAUCGGUCUUAACUACAGGCAACAUGCAACAGAAGCAAAUUUACCCGUACCCAAAUACCCUAGUGUCUUUAUGAAACCGGCAGACAGUCUUUCUCAUGCCUUUGAAGAUAUCCCAAUUCAUCCUGACGCCGCGGAGCUACUCGAUUUCGAGGGAGAGCUGACUGUGGUAGUCGGAAAGGAUGCAAAGGAUGUGUCUGAAGAGAAUGCGCUCGACUAUGUUCUAGGUUAUACCGCUGGCAACGAUGUUUCCGCAAGAAACUUCCAGCUUCCCGAGGUAUCUGGCGGGCAGUUCUGCUACGCGAAAUCCUUCGAUAAGUUCGCACCGAUCGGACACACCAUUGUAUCGGCGCAGGAAAUUCCGGAUCCCCAGGCCUUGCAAAUGAGGACAAAGGUCAACGGGGUUAUUAAGCAAGAGACCAGUACAGGAGACAUGAUCUAUACGGUUCGACAGAUCAUCAGCCACCUCUCCCGAGGAACAACUCUUCGCAAGGGAACGCUCAUUAUGACGGGAACUCCUUCGGGAGUAGGAUUCUUCCGGAAAGAAUUCCUGAAGAAUGGGGAUGUAGUGGAAGUGGAAAUUGAUGGCGUUGCUGCCACCAGAAACCGGAUGGUUCACUAUUGA